AUGGCACCAGCUUCGAAAAAGACAAAGAUCUACACGCUCUCCAAAGCAGGGAUUGAUAUUUCGCUAUUCAACGACCUUAUCCAGAGCAACGAUGCACCUCUGGAUGAGGAGCUAAGGAUUCUGCGUCAAAUCGCUGACGAUGUCCAACGCAUCACCUCUCCCAUGCGCCGCAUCCCUGUUGAAAUCAAAAGAAUGAUCUUCAUCGUCUGUAUGGAAACAUCCCGAAGUUCCUCCGACUCUGAAUCCUUAACACUCGCGGACUUCCAUGGGCAGUGGCGCAACAUCGCAGAAGAUGCGCAUGAGCUUUGGUCGGGCAUCACGCUCGAUUUCAACAAGGAAAGCGGCCUCACAGACGAUCAGCGUAUCCAUCAUAGCCUCUUCCUCCUCAACCUCCGCAUAGUUCGUGCCCAACACAUUAAUCGAAAGACGGGCAACGCCCAUAACCUCUUUGUCACGAUCAAAAGUUCCACCGACAUUUCUUCCAAUCCACUGUUUCAAAUGAUCUUGCAGACCACCGUGUACUGGAAGAGCCUUGUGAUCUCUCUCCCAAUGUCUACUUUUUCGGCUUGGUCUGCUUCGAAGCCUUCUUUUCCUCGUUUGGAGAGACUCAACGCGGAUCUGGAUAGGCAUGACAACGUUAUGCUGUUAGGGCACCAAUUCACAGAUGUCUUUGAGGUAACUCCGAAGCUCACGCAAGUCACGAACUCCAGCUUUAAGCUCACAUUCCAUUCUGACACCGUGAUCCCUGCUUGGUACUCCACUCUCUCGACAUACAAAUGCACCAUCUGUCUUAAAGCUAUCGACGAACUUCGCCACCUACCCAAUAUCCAAACACUAUCCCUUUCCUGUUACAGUUCCACCGACGUCGUGCCGGUCACCCUUCCCAAGGUAUCUUACCUUCGAUUAACUACUGUUAUGAAAGAAGAAGUCGCCCAUUUCAUCGCUACAUAUAAGCAGCUUUACCUACCUGGACUCAAGCACAUCGAGCUACUAUUUCCCUUCUUUGAUAUAACGUUCCUCAGAGACACCAUCGAAUUACCGAGUAGGCCCAUCUCCUCGAUAUCGCUCUCACCCAUCUCAAACACCGUCACACGCCUCGGAAUCGCGGAGUACAAAGCUACUCCCCAGGCUACGUCUCCCCUCCUUCCCAACCUCGAGACCAUCAAAAUCGCUUCGUACGGUACCCCUGAUAAAGACGUUCUCGUUGAUUUUGUUCAGUCUCGUCGUCAGAAUAGCGAAGGGGUCGUACAGUUGAAAGAAUUGGAGAUGCAUUGCAACCUGAAUUUCUCUGAAAUAGAGGGUGAUCUUGCGACACGAUGGAAUGCGCUUUCCGGCGCGAAUGGGUUUAUCGUCGGGAUUUCUGGCACCUGCCAAUAUCGGGUAAGUUUCUCUAUGCCACUUAGAAUUGCUCGUUGA